GACGUUGCCUCAGCAAUGAUCAAGUCAUCAUGCAAACACAGGGUUUGGGUUCUCUGUCUUCUGCUUCGCUGCUGCAGCGGUGACUCUGAGCUGAUCGGUUCCUCUCAGCCAAUAGUAGCUCGAGUUGGUGAUGACGUCACGUUACCGUGUCACCUUGAACCUGCCCUGGAUGUUGAUACGAUGGCGUUGGAGUGGACGAGGCCUGACCUGAACAGUUUUGUGUAUGUGUGGCGAUCUGGUCAGGAGUUGGUCAACGACAUCCAUCCAUCGUACAGAGGCAGAACAUCCAUGUUCUCUGAUCAGCUGAAGGAGGGAAACAUUUCCCUGAAGCUCUCUGAGGUAGAACUGUCUGACAGAGGAACCUACAGGUGCUUCAUUCCUAAACUCAGCAAACAGGCACUGGUUACGCUCAUUGUUGCACCAGAUGCUGUUUCCUCCCCCGUCAUCAGUUUAUCAGGACUCGACAGAGACAGAGGUGGAGUGGUGCUGGAGUGUAGGAGUGGAGGCUGGUUCCCAGAGCCUGAGCUGCUGUGGCUGGACGCUGAGGGAAAGCUCCUCUCUGCUGGACCUACAGAGACAGUCAGAGGUUCUGAUGACCUCUAUACUGUCAGCAGCAGAGUGACUGUGGACAAGAGACACAGCAGCAGAUACACAUGCAGAGUCCAGCAGACCUCCAUCAACCACAAAACAGAGGCUCACAUUGAAGUUACAGAUGAUUUCUAUAAGGUCCAGUUCACCACUUCCUCAGUAGCUUUGUCUGUUGCUUUGGUUGUUUGCAUCAUAUUGGUUGCUGUGUUGAGCUUUUUGAUGUGGAAACAAAGAAACAGAAUCAGGUCCAAGAGAAGUCACAAUAGAGAAAAUGGCCAAAGACAAAGAUCUACAGAACUAGAGGAAAUGCUGAGAAAAGAUGAAAGAGAUUCAAGGAGAGAAGCAAAUGUUACACAACUCCAGGAUGAAAAGGAGGACCAACUGAAGGAAGAGUUGGAGAAGGAGAAAAAGGAGUUGGGGGAAGAAAAGUGGAACAUGGAGGAAAAGAAGAGGAAAUUGGAGGAAGAAAAGAAAACGGAGGAAGAAAAGAUGGAGGAUAAAAAAAACAUGGAGGAAGAAGAAAAGAAGAUAGAAGAAGGAAAGAGGAAGAUGGAAGAAGAGAAGAGGACAAUGGAAGAGGAAAAGAAGAAGAUGGAGGACAAAAAAAAGGAGAUGGAGGAAGAGGAGAAGAAGAUAGAAGAAGGAAAGAGGAAGAUGGAAGAAGAGAAGAGAACAAUGGAAGAGGAAAAGAAGAAGAUGGAGUACAAAAAAAAGGAGAUGGAGGAAGAAGGGAAGAAAAUGGAGAAUACAAAAAAGAAGAUGGAAGAAGAAAAGAAGAUGAUGGAUGAUAAAAAAGAGAAGAUGGAGGAAGAGGAGAACAAGAUAGAAGAAGGAAAGAGGAAGAUGGAAGAAGAGAAAAAGGUGAUAAAGAAAGAAAAGAAGAUGAUGGAGGAAGAGAAGAGGAAGAUGAAGGAAAGUCUCAAAAAGCAGACAGUGGACACCAAUGUACACAAUCACAUAAGCAGCUCUAACAUUAAAUUCAUUUCUGUGGACAUCAACAAUUCUGAUGAUUCUAUCUUCCUCAGAAACAAUUCCAACAAGGAAAUAUCUCUGGAAGGCUGUAAGCUAAAAAUAGAGAUCAAUAAUGAUGGGCCAGUCUUUCACACAUUUCAGGACACAUUCAUUCUCAAGCAUGGAGAAUCUCCCCCGAUUCACCUAAAAGAAAAGCUGAAACCUGCAGAUAAACUGCAGGUCCACCUAAUCAACACAGAAGAGUUCCUAGUCAGCACUUUUAAGUAAAAAAUGAAAUUUAACUCUUUUUUGUCCUGUCCAGCAGUGCAACAAGCAGCAUGUAAUACUACCUAGGAGCACAACCAAUGCCACGCUCGCUUCUCUGUCACAAUUGCACAUUCUCUCACUCAAGCAUGCUCAUGCUUGGCCUUUUCUCCUGCUUAAAGAAAAAACACACAUAUGGUUUCUGGGACAGGGAUAUUAAGGACCAUGGAUACAUUUUUGGGUGACACAGCCUUAAAUUAAACACUCUCCUCUUCGUUAUCAGUUACCCUAGAAUGUUUCAUAAAUCACUCGCAAAGCUAGAUUUCAACUAGCACAGGGAGAUCCAUGUUCUCACACGAUGACAAACCGUGUGAUAAACGGUGAUAAACCAGCUCCAGCCUCCUGCGGAGCCUAUCCCAGCUGUCUUUGGGCGAUAGGUGGGGUACACGCUGCACAGGUCACCAGUCCAGGGAAUCGAACACAGAACCUUCUCGCUGUGAGGAACUGCACCACCGUGCCGCCCGCACAGGGAGGUGGCAGUCAUAAACUUGAAAUGCAAACUCAUCAAGGAAAGAGAAGACUUUAUUUGGACUCAAAGUUCUGAUUCAGAUGUACCGGAGCCUUCAAUUGUCAUGAAACUGAUGCCAUUGUAUUCAGUGGACAAUGUACUUUGAUUUGAUGUGACUUUGAAAUCUAGGCGAUGAUUUGUCAUGAGGUUACAGGUUUCCAGAAUUAUCUCAGGCAGAUGAGCAACAGGUGUUUCACACACACACACACACACACACACACACACACACACACACACACACACACACACACACACACACACACACACACACACACACACCAGGUGGGAUCCAUAGACAUACUGUAAUGGUGUUAUGAUUAAAGGUAACUCCACAACACCAAAAUCAUUUGAUUACUAAAACCCAGACAUGACUUAAGUAUUAAUUGUUAUUUAGUAAUUGUUAUUUAUGUAUAUUUUCCCUAUUUGGUUAGUUAGUGAUGAGACAAAGUAUCCUGCAAUAUUUUUUUAAUUGUAUCAGCAUGUAAUCAGUACAUGUAAGACUUUAAUAAUUGCCUUUGAGUUUCACUGUUAAUGCUUUUUUAGUCAUCAUAUUAAUUGGAAUGAAUGAUUAUUUGUUGUGUUGUGCCAUAAUGAAACUUUGAGCCUGAUUGAAAGAAAAAAAAGAUAGUUUAGUCCCAAUUUAAGAUUAAUGGAUAGAUUGAUGUUUUUUUAUUUUUUUAUUUUGAGAUGAAGGUUGGAACUUCUUCCUCAAGGUCUUGCCACUGGCUGCACUCAUCCUCUCUUUAGUUCAGUGAGGGCCCCUAGUUAUUGAAUAAGUGUAAAAAUGUAUCUUCAAAUCAAAUUCCAUCUUCCCCUGAACUGAAUCUGUCUCCACUGAUCCUAAUCCUGACCAUGACGGUGCCUUUUUAUCACUCAGACACUUAUAAACCGCCUCUGUUAACUCAGUUUUUAUGAUGUAGCACAUUGCUUUAAAAUCUGUUAAGAAACACAUUCAUUAUGUUGAAUUUCAACCUUUUCUACCAGUUAAACAAAAAACAAGCUGAAGUGUUCUUCUCCACAAUGUGAAUGACAUGAUGGAAAUGAAUCUACAGAUGAUGGUGGAAAACCAAGAAACCAACAACGAUAAGGUACAUCCUUCUGUCCUACCUUCAGCUAAUUCUGUGUAACUUUCUACUAAAAUUGUCAUUGUACAACAUAUGAUCACCUGCGCCGCAGGAGACGCGCUCGCUCAGGUGAGCUGCUGCGUCUCCGCCGGCGCAGAUUACGCACUGCGCUGCCCGCGAUAUUCCUCUCCAACGUGCGCUCACUUUGCAAUAAAACGGACAAACUAACCGUGCUGCUCAACAAAAAGAGACUUUUCCACAUCCUGUGUUUUACGGAGACGUGGCUGUAUGGCAGGCCCCAAUCGUCACAAGAACGGCGUUUCCAAAACGCGUCUUGUCAGUUUGUGAUACGUCUGAACAAAACAAGACGCGUCUCGUGACGCA